AUGAAUUUGCGACAGCCUCAUCCAAAACGUCGACAUCCAUUAAAACGUCUCCAACACAACGAAUAUAAUUCAAAUCAACAAACAUAUGGUAAUUCAAUUCCAUCAAUACUGUCAUUCCAGUUUGCUUCGCCACCUAUCUACAACAAAGUAUUAGACUACUCUUUACCAGAAUUAUUUACAGAUCAUUCCAGUGAUCCUUUGAUUAAUCCCAUAAGAAUUUCAAAUAUAAAGAAACAUAAGACGGGUGUUAUUAUUGAGCAAAAUUCUAGUCGUUUUGUCAAUCAUGAAUUAAUCAUACGGUUAAAUGGUUGUUCAGAAAUACUAAGACCAAAAGCAGACGUGUCAACAAUAUCUACAAAUCAAUCUGAAAUAGCACCAUCAGUUUCACCACCAGUAACAACCAUUACAACAACAUCUAGUAUAGGAAUGAAAUUAGCUGUCAAAAAACUAAAAUCGAAGCGAAAGAAACGGAAAAACAGACUUAAAAAAUUAAAUGAGAUACUGAAUUCAAUAUCUAAUCAAAAUUCAAAAUCUGAUCAGCUAAACGACUUAACCAUUGAUCAUUGUUCAUAUUCGCCUAAUGAUCAACAGCUAAAAAAUGGUUUAUUUUCGGCAACCACGUGGAAUAGGUCCUCCUUACAACAUGUCAAUGCAGAAAAUGAUUUUCAUUAUCAAAAUUUUCUAAUGAGUGUGGAAUAUAAUUCUAAUUAUACAUCAUUUACUAAUGCCGAUACUCAUUCAAUGAAUAAUUAUGUAAAUUGUGACAUGAAUUAUCAACAACCGCUACAAAAUCAUCAUUCAUCACUAACAUAUUCCCCACAAAUGUCAAUGCCAUAUCAGCAAUUACAACCAUAUUAUUAUCUUCCAUUUUUUUAA